CACUGGCGAUGGCGCGCGUUUCCUCUCAGUCGUUGGUUCGGUGUUCGUGCGGUCCGCGUCAGUGCGCGGUUUUGUACCCGUGUUUCGGCCUCUGCCUACCGGCGUGCUGUGAAUUGUGCACUUGACACGCCCCUGGACCUUUACACAGACCGCUUGCGGAUCGUCCCCGGAAUGACAUACGCGCUCAGCUAGCCGUGUCUGCGCCGAUCGGCUGUUGCUGCGGAAACGGACGUGACGCAAGAAACCUGGGGGCGUACGCACUUUCCAAUCCGUGAUGCAGUCGUCUCAGCGCCUUCAGCGCCACCCGGUAGACGAGACUUGAUGAUGCAAAGGGCGGUCCUCAUCGUCAAGGAAAGGCCGUUGAAGACCUGACCCACGCCAGUGAUCAUGGCCCGCAAGCAACUCCUGGUCGCCUGGAAGGCCCUACGGAGGGUCCUUCUACUGGCAUUCGUCUGGAUAGGCGUCUGCUACGCCGUGUUCCAUUUCACUCACGGAGCCGGCAACUCGUUCCUCAUCGGGCCAUUUCAGAGAUCAUUGCUACAAACGGCAGCGCCUCCUGAACACCACGUACCCGUGGAACCGGUCAAGUCCGUACCCACCUCGAAACUAGUGUCAUCCACGGCUUCGCAACGCGACACGACGCCCAACGGGAAAGCGCUCCUGAACCUGCGUCCUCACAUCGACAUAUCCCCUUCCGUCUCCAUGAAGGAGUUCCUGUCGAAGCUAUCCAACAUGUCCAACAUACCAAGGGCCUACUGGGAGAACGGUCGCAAGCCUCCCAUCAGCUCCAAGAGUUGCGUCAAGUUUCCCGAGCUGUACGACCUGGCCUUCAACAACCUGUACUGGCAGAAACUUUCCGCGAAAAACGGCACCUUCUACAUCUACGGCGCGUACUUCGACAACCGUUCGCGAGUCGGCAACGUACCCCUGGUACGAAUCCUGGUCAUGGCCGACAGAGUAAAGCCGCCUCCGACGCUGUGCCAGCUGUGGUACAACAACGGUGCCUACCCGACCAUCUCCACCACAAAGUACACCUACGCGUGGUACUCCAAGUGGGGCAACUACCAGGACGGCAUCUUGCAGCCCUUCAUCGUGACCUGCAAGGCGCCCUACCUGAACCCGAAGCGCGAAGCUCCUCUGAGCGUGUCCCUGGUGGAGAAGCAGUGCGACAAGCCCACGAACAACGUGCGCGUCGUCAACAACCGGCCGGCCGUCAAGCAGGACUUCGCCGUGUGCGUCAAGGGCCUGGACUUCCUCAAGGACGACCUGAGCGUGCGCCUGAUCGAGUGGAUAGAGCUGCUUAACAUCCUGGGGGCCAAGAAGAUCUUCCUGUACGAACUCGAGAUUCACCCCAACAUAUCCAAAACUCUGCAGUACUACCAGCAGAAGGGACUGGUCGAGCUGACGCCGAUCACGUUGCCCGGAGGCCAGCCCAACCUGCCCGGCCUGCGGCACAACUUCCUCAGCAUGAAGCUCACCCACAAGCGUCAGAACGAGCUGAUUCCGUACAACGACUGCCUCUACCGGAACCUCUACUCGUACGAGUACAUCGUUCUCCUCGACAUCGACGAGGUCGUCAUGCCCGUACAGCACAACACCUGGAAGGAGCUUAUGAACGACGUCGUGCCCAUGGCCCUGCAGCAGAAGAACUACACGAGGGCCAGCUACAACGUCCGCAACGUCUACUUCCUCGACGACAUGAUGAACGAGGACGCCAAGCACACCGUGCACGAGGUGGGCAUCCCGGGUUACAUGCACAUGUUGCAGCAUGUUUACCGCGCCAAGAACUUCACCAAACCGGGCUCGUACGUCAAGUGUUUCCACAACGUGGAGCGCAUCGUGUCCGUGCACAACCACUUCCCGCUCAACUGCUUCGGGACGUGCACCACGUACAGCAUCGACACGCCGUACGCGCAGCUGCAGCACUACCGCAAGGACUGCGUGGGACCCCUGAAGAAGAGCUGCAACAGCGACUUCAAGGUCUACACCGUCAAGGACACCACGAUAUGGAGGUACAAGGACGAGCUCAUACAGAGGGCCACCAAGGCACUUAAAGACUUAGGCUUUUUCUCAUAGCAUCUAGUGAUCAAUUAACUUUAUGCAAGAACAGCAAAUGAAAUCGUGUGCGAGGACCACGUCAUGACGUUGUGGUUCGAGUGCAUAUGCUCCGGCGUCGACUUCGUGCUGGGUUAAGAGUGUCACGACGCGACCCCGGACUCGCACACCGUAAUCCUGGGUGCGUCUGGUGAUCAAUUGUGUGUGGUGUCGCUGGUAAUGCAAGUCUCCGCCAGUCGUUGGUGUGCCUGCGCUGUGUGUUGUGUUGUGCUUUUGUGCGCUGCUUACAUGUCUGUGUGUGUGUGUGCGCGCAAAGGGCACUUAAGGGGACAUCGGUCGCGCUGUUGUCGUGGCGUCUAGUGAUUCGCUGUCGUUGCACGCGUGAUGUGAUGUCAGUUAGAGCCUCUCCGCUUCAGUGCCUCAAGUGGGCGGGUUCUGGGCCCACCGCUUAUAGUGUUGGGUUACAGACUGCUGAAGGAAGAAACCCUGUGGCUUUUUUAUGGGGAGUGCCUAUACGUCCCUUCUCACAUACUGCGUAUAGUAAUUGCGUAUCGCUGUGCGGUGAAAAAAACGUGCCUGGACCACAUGUGCUGUAUGUUGCGCCUGCCUUAUCAGGACUGCAUUAGCAACUUUGUCGACUGAAUUUUUUUUUUCUUGUGCCAUAGCGUUCCUCGAGUUCCGCGCGUGUGGUAAGAGUGCAACGACUGUUGUUGACGUCACGAGUCUUAAAGAAGUGUAUACGUUCUUUUGGUUGAGCCUGGUGAACACUGAGAGAAACUAUUGUUGAAACUUUUUGUUGCUAGUACGGUCAGUCUCGUUUGUCGCGUUUUUUUUUUUUUUUUCAUCUUUCGUCAAUUGUACAGGUUUCGUCCCGUUUAUAAGGUGCAAGUUGCGAAUGGUGUUUUUUUGUCGCACUGUACAAAGACUAACACUCAUUUGUGACGUCAGAGUCUCGCUGAUUAUGUUCGAGUUGUGUUUCUUGAGUCGUAGACGCAAUGCAUUCAUUCCGUUGGUUCUCGACUGUGCGACUGUGGUUGAGCGAUCUUUUUUUUUUAUUACAUUGCUUAGAGCGCCUGCUAGAUAAGGUUGGUUAGUUGUUGCGUUGAAUUGUUUCUCACUUAAGUGUGAUAAGAGCGUCACACCAUCUCUUCUUUUCUAUCCACCUUCUGUUGCGUUGCAGACGUGCGUAUUUAUUACUGUGAUUCCGAGCCCGGGUCGUGGAAACACCUGGGUGGGCUUAGUUUAGGCUUAGAAACUGGAGUAGGCUACUCACGGCUACUCCAGCGCAGUAUUCAGCGCCGACGUCGCGGCGUUUUCUGUACAUAAA